ACGGGCACGGCGCCACGGAGGCGCACAGUCGUAUCGCAUCUCUGCGCAUAAAAACGUUUAAUUAAAAAAUUAUUAUCGCCGUGUUCGCCGUUUUCAUUAUCUUCUCCGUCACGUCGACACGCGCUUACGCGAGAUGGGCCGUCGGUUCGCGUGGCUGCCGACGCUGCUUCUGCUGAGAGCCGCGGCCUUUGCCGACGAUCAGUGUCCAAUGAACGCUUCCCGACCGGCGCCUGAAAACGCUCACCUAAUUAACGACGUGUUGUGGGCCGGACAACCGGAAAAACCGUACCCGCAGACCGCGUACCGCUCGGUACAGGGCGUCGGUUACGUCCUCUGCACGUGCAAGACAGGAACGUGUAUCCGCAAAUGCUGCCCGCCAAACGCUGUGUACGUGAAUUACAGAUGCACGCCACUGAACGCGUCGGUCAGCGUCGCCGAAUUCAAGAUUCCAAAAUUUGUGAAUGCAAACGGGACGGUUGAUGUAUAUGAGACGGACUUGUUUCAUAUAGUCUAUGAAGAACUGAUAUGUGGUCACAAAUAUAAAUUGGAUCCAUCAGUGGAAGAAGAUGAUAUUUUCCAAGUAAAUAAAGCGGGAAGGUUACUAGAUGAAUCAGGAAAAAUGAUUGUUGCACCGAAUCGAUUUUGUUUGGAGCAAUUUUCGGAAUUAAAUUAUCAAAUUUUAGCAGUUGUCUGUGCUCCAGAAAAAUUUGAAGUCUCAGGAGGACAAAAUAUAUUUUAUACCAUCGGCAUGAUGUUAUCGCUACCAUUUUUGUUUACAACGUUCCUCGUUUAUGCGCUUAUCAGAGACUUACAGAAUUUACAUGGAAAAUCUUUAAUGUGCCAUGUAGCAACGCUAUUGGUGGGCUACACCAGUCUAAUAAUUGUUCAAUUCGUAGAUGAUAGUGUUGAUAAAACAUGGUGCAUUUUUUUAGCGUAUAUCCUUCAAUUCUCAUUAAUAGCAAGUUUUUUCUGGCUUAAUGUUAUGUGUUUUGAUCUAUGGUGGACUUUCAGUGGAUUUAGACCAUUAGGAGGAAAUAUAAGAGAAGAUGAAUCAAAAAAGUUUAUUAUUUAUUCCAUUUAUGCGUGGGGGUGUGCCUUAUUAAUUUCAAUAAUUACAUUAGGUAUGGAAAAAUUGCCAUAUUUACCAACUGGUGCAAUUCGUCCAGAAUUCGGAGUUACGAAAUGUUGGUUUGAUUCAGAUUUAGCCACGCUGUUAUAUUUUUAUGGUCCUAUCGGUACUUUAUUAUUUAGUAACCUAUUGAUGUUUAUUCAUACGGCAAUAGUGAUUGUCAAACAUACGAGAGAUGCUAAAGUACUUAGAGGAUCUGAAAGCCAAAAAAAUGUGGACCAUGAAAAACAAAGAUUCAUGUUAUAUUUGAAAUUAUUCAUCGUCAUGGGUGUCAAUUGGUUAGCAGAAAUUAUAUCAUGGGCAACAAGUUCAGGUGGUCUUGAUGCUGUGUGGUAUGUCGUAAAUAUUGGGAAUUGUUUGCAAGGAGUGUUAAUAUUUUUAAUUUUUGUUUGUAAAAAACGUAUAUUAAAUUUAUUAAAUAAGAAACUGUGUCCACAAUUCCAACUUUUUAAGACAUCUACCAAAACCGUCCCAUCUAAGACUAGCUCUAAUGUAAAAAAUAAAGAUGCAGUUGAAAUGUCCACUGAAAGUACAAGCAAUUCAACCAAUAAUCAAUUACACGUCUUUUAAAUUAAAUGAUUGUGUAUUAAAAAUAAAAUAGUUUUUAUUAAAUUUCCUUAUACUAAACUUAAAACUUUAUUAAUAAUUAUCAUCAUUAUAAAAUUUAUAUGCUUUUGAUUACGAUUUGUAUUUUGAUUAGAAUUGAGUUUUUUAUUUUAAAUUCUACUCUAUGUGAAACUAUACUCACGCUGGGCGAGAUACCAUGUCCUAAUAAAAGGAAGUUUUUUGAUAGAGUAAUCAAUUAGUUGUUUAUUUCCAUCCUUGGUUUUUAAAUAUAAACAAAAUAUAAUGGGUGAAAAAUCCUCCAUCCGACAAUCCCGUCGCCCUAUGUGCGACGGAGGUCAUUUUCCAUCAACAGUUUUGAUGGACAUACAAUGACAGGGUUGGGAUAUGACACCAUACGUCGGGCCAGCUUACAAAAGUAGCGUCCGAUCGUAAGUCUCAUCCGAGAGACCAUGGCCGAGGCAAUUGCCCUCAAAAAGUCAUUUUUUUGAUUUCCUCAUAAGAUACCAGUGGGAUUAACCGCCGGUAGUCGUAAUUUUAAAUCAUGCACAAUCAUGGUGGCUCCUCAAUAUUCUGUUAUCAUUAUUUAACCCAAAUCACAAUUCAUACCUUUGGAUAGUACAAAUAAGUUGAUCAGACUAUAUAAAUAAAACAACUAACAACCGACUAUAUGUAUAUAAAAAUUAAUUAAGCUUAUGCUAAUAACUUAAUUAAUUAUGGACUUGGCCAAUAAAUCACAGGUAUUAUUAUUUAACUUAUUACUUAUAAGUAUGAUUAUUUUUAUGUAUUAUAUAUUAUAACUACUAUGUUCUUACUAAUCAUAGCUAAAACAGCCUG